UUUCCCCCAAAAAAGAGAAAAGAAUAAAGGUUUAAAUUGCUAAUAUUCUGACUAUACGGACUAAAUGUGCAAAAUACUCUAAAAUGCAAGACCGAACGUUCAAAAAUGCAUAAGCCUAUAAAACUAAUAAAAGAGUGUACUGACAUGCUUGGCCAUUUCCAGAAGCCAUGGAAGCAGGCACUACUGAAAUUGAAGCCCCAAAUCCAAACCCUAAUCGAAACCUAAACGACCUCCCAGCCGAAAUCCUGAUCCACAUCCUCACCCUGAUCCCAACCUUAGAAGCCAUCCGCACCUCUCUCGUCUCCCGCCAAUGGCGACCCCUCUGGUCCCGUCUCCCCUGCCUCGACUUCCCCUACGACCUCUUCCCGGUCAACAAUGACGCCGAGCCCCUCCCCGUCACCAGCCACCGCUUCGCCGAGCUCGUCGACCGCGCUCUCAUCCUCCGCCCCCACUCUCCCAUCAAAACCUUCCGCCUCUCCUUCAUCUUCUACCACUACUACACCUCCCACGUCGACUCCUGGAUCCGCUGCGCCCUCACGCGCUUCCAGGCGCGUGAGCUCCACCUCGACUUCUUCGUCCAGAGACAGUAUCAUCGCCGCAGCCAAGGAGACUCCGCCCCGCGUGACCUGUACGAAUUCCGUUUCUCUGUGCUAAGAGAGAGCUGUGUUGAGAGUCUGAGGCUCACCAACGUUGAUCUUGCUUUGCCGGCGAGCAUGUGCCUGGGCUCGGUGAGGUCCAUGUUUCUUGAGGACGUGAGUUUGACGGACCAGAUGUGGGAGCUUUUGAUAAAAGGCUGCCCCAAUCUUGAGGAUUUGGAGCUUCAAAAUGGAUUGGUGGAGCAGAACAUGAGGAUAUGUAGCACAAGUCUUAAGAAGCUCAAGUUUGGGUAUUUUUAUGACUGUGAUGAUAAGAAUAGUCUUGAGAUUGAUUGCCCCAACCUUGUUUCGCUAAGCUUUGAUAACGUUAGCUUCACUCAUUUUCGACUGAAGAAUGCUUCGUCCCUGGUUGAGUUUAAUCUUAGUAUCGUGCACCACGUGUCUAGAUACUAUGAUUUGUGGAGUAGGACUGUGAAGCUGCUUGGAUCGGUGCCGAAUGUGAAGCGUCUUAAUCUGCAAAAUUGGUGUUUCAAGUUGCUGACAUCACAGGAUUCUUUCCCAAAAACUUUUAUGAUCCGCAACCUCAGUCUCUUAGAGCUACGGACUGGGUAUACUCAACAUGAUCUGGUUGGCAUGGCUGCACUACUUGAACUUUGUCCCAAUCUUGAGACAUUGAUUCUUGAUUACCUUCUCAAGAUAGAAGUCGAUGAGAGUUUACCAGAAGAGAUCUCAAAUAAACCAGUUAAUUUGAACAUACCAAGACUCAAGGAAGUUAAGAUGCUGAAAUUUUUUGGAUCAGAAGAUGAAAAUAAGUUUGUGACUUUAUUGAAAAAGCAUGGAGUUGUCUUGCAAAAGAUUACCCUUUUUCCUUUCAAAAUCGAUGGGAACUCAUGCCACCAAUAUCCUCCGGUAGUUCUAUGUAGAAUGUAGAAAGCCUCGCGAAUGUGAAGUAACAGGAUCUUCUUCUCCAUAAUAUAGUAG